CACUCAUUCCGCCCUCUGUUCCAUAAUUCCCAAUGUUUAUGCCACUCAACGUCAGCGACCAAUGACCGAUGUUUCAGGGGUAGACCUGGGGAGACCUGGGUUGCAGGUGGGCUUGAGUGGUGUGCUGUACACCUGCUUGCUUGCUGAAGGAGAAGCAUCCAAGGGUGCUCACGGCUCCCAAUUAGCACCGACGACAACAAACAGCUCUGCCAUACCUCAACACAUAACACCAUACCUGCGGACCUGUAGUCACUAAGACCACCACAGUGAUAGCUCUGAUAAUCUCGUUGAAACUCGUAAAUAUUGAAUUGAGCCGUCUCUGGCUUACUCAACAUCUGCCUACUAAUUUAUAAAAGACCAAGACGGCUGUUUCCUCCAGCAUCUUCACCUCGUCACAUGCACCUACCUUGCGAACUGACCACAGCUACUAACCUAACCUACCUACCUAUCAAGCGCCACCACCUCCACCUCCCGCUUCCAACCACCAUCCAUUACAUACACUACAUCACAAUACCACGACUCUUCACAUCCAUCCUGCCUUCUGUCAUCGUGCUGGCCUUCUUGUUGUUUCAUUAUCUUGCCUGAAUACUGCCUUUUCUGGUCGAAAGCCAGUUUUCUACUAAUCAAGCUACCCCAGAUUCUACCGCGGCAGGAAACCGCGGAGAGGCCGUCCUGGACUCCUCCGGCGAGCCAUCGCACCCAAAUCUCCACGACACCACUUCCAGUGAUCCAGACACGCCACAUCUUCUUUCGAACUUUCCUAACACUACUGCUUCUGCCCAUUCCUCCGCCGUCUCCCCGGCUAACGUAACCGCACCCCAACCCCAUCGACAAAACCGGAAUCAGACACAGACUGGCAUCACGAAUAUAGAUUCUUCGGCUGCCAGAUUUGAAGGACUUCCGGGUCAAGUACCGGCUCGGAUACUCGGACGACGUCAACGCUCCCCAGCUCCUGACCGCCGUUUCGAACCGUCAACCGACCGAUCCCACACGCCAGACGGUUAUCUUAUCGCUGAGCCUAGAGCAAAGCGACGAAGAGGGAACGUCACGAUGGGUGGCAGUGACAUUCUUGAUCCCCAUAAUGGUGCUCCUUUAGGAAUAUCUAAUGGAUCAAGUGAAGUGUUUUCAGGGGUCACAAAUGGUAAUAAGACUGCCUUGAACGGAUCUUCAGCUCGAGAUAAGAACACUUCGGUCAUCAGACGCAACGAACAAUCCUCAAAGUACUUUGGCCAUGAUCGUGAGGAGGUAACCCGACUAUUGAUACAAGCGUUAUCAGACAUGGGGUAUCGGACUGCCGCAGAUAAUGUGAGCCAAGAGAGUGGGUACGAAUUGGAAAGCCCAACCGUAGCCGGCUUCAGAUCUGCUGUUCUGACCGGGUCAUGGCCCGUGGCCGAAGAGUUACUUGCCGGCGCUUCGUUGGAGACUGAAGGCCCAGGUAACGGCCUUGUAUUGGCACCUGGCGCGGAUCCCAACGCCAUGAGGUUUUGGUUACGACAACAGAAGUUUCUGGAGCUUUUGGAGCAGAAAGAUACAAGCAAGGCUCUGAUAGUACUUCGAAGCGAGUUGACACCGUUAUCCCAUGACACUGGUAAACUGCAUUUCUUAUCAGGUCUACUCAUGUGUCGUUCGGUCGAGGAUCUUAUGGCAAAGGCUGAAUGGGAUGGUGCGAAUGGCCAAUCUCGAAAGCUGUUGCUCUCGGAGUUAUCAAAAUGCAUAUCACCGUCGGUCAUGCUCCCGGAAAACCGCCUGGCAGUCCUUCUUGAGCAGGUUAAGCAGAGUCAGAUCGACACCUGUCUAUACCAUACUGAAGCGUUAUCGCCUUCGCUCUACUCAGACCACUUCUGUGAUAGACGCAACUUUCCAACAGAGGUCGCAUUGGAGCUUUCGAAUAUGGCCGAUGAGAUUUGGCAAGUACAGUUCUCCCAUGAUGGAACCAAGAUGGCGGCGUGCGGUAGUAGUCCAGAAGUUAUGAUAUGGGAUACCCGCACCUUUAGAGUCUUAGAGUCUCUCGACGGCCAUGAUGGCGGCGUCGGAAACAUUGUUUUUAGCCCUGACGAUUCUCUAAUUCUCUGCUGCUCGAGAGACGGGCAUGCAAGGUUGUGGACUACUCAUGACGGGACUUUGAUCAGGAAAUUUCCCAAAUUCGAUGAGCCUGUGAGCGGUUGCGUUUGGGCUCAGGACAGUCGGUCACUGGUCGUUGGAACGCUAGAUCCUAAUUACAGCCUUCGAACUCUGAACCUGGAUACGAGUGAGCAGUACGAGUGGGGGGUAAAGCAUAGGGUCCAGGAUCUGUGUGGAUCGCCAGACGGUCGCUGGCUCGUGGCUGUCGACAAUCAGCAGACAAUCCACGUCUACAACGCUGUUACACGAGAAUUGGAGUUUGAUAUGGAGCUUAAAGCCCGGCCGACAUCAGUCAACAUCAGCCAAGACUCGCGUCAUCUUCUUGUCAAUAAGUGCGACGGUGAAGCUCAGCUCAUUGACCUCUUAACGCGGAACUCGGUCCAGAAGUUUUUCGGUCACACAGGCGGUGACUAUCUAAUUCGAUGCUCGUUUGGUGGAGCCAACGAGAGUUUUGUUCUAAGUGGCAGUGAAGAUGGCAACAUCGUUAUAUGGCAUAAAAACACUGGUGCGGCAGUCGAGCGCCUACAUGGUCAUCAUCCCCGCUGCAAUGCUGUUGCAUGGAAUCCUACCGACUCGUAUAUGCUAGCGUCAGCGGGAGACGAUGGCCGAAUAAAGAUGUGAGUGUUUUUGCGUUGCCAAGAGGACCCAAUGAUUGAGUAAACAGCUAACACGAAUCACUCAGCUGGUCCAACAAAACGGUUAGUCUUGAAUUAAGGGCUCGUCAUAAUCAAGCAGGCAACGGCUGGACAGCAGAGGAAAGAUGAACGCGGUAUCGUCAAAGACUCCUGACGUAUUCAAGUGACUUUUAUUUUUGGCAGGAAGAACACGGUGGGCGUGCUUUGUGUUUGGCUUAUAGAGUAGAUGGAAGCAAAUGUACGGAAGUAUAACACCAAGAGUACUUACGCCGACACAACCAUAAUUAUCAUGGGCUGAGAAGAAUCGGGGGAACGACCAUUGAUUGUCUCGGCGUUACGUCUGGGUGGUGAUGUGUAAAACGAGAUGUCUGAAUAUGUUAACUUCCUCACCCUCCCGUAUUCAGCUAGACAGAAGCGUGACCGUGAAAUCCCAUCUUCGCAACCCGUUUCCUGUCCUUUUAGACCUUGGUGGCCCGGAGCGAGUGCCCUUCGUGUGCCGAAGAGUUAACUUGCGCUGGACAUGACAGAUUGGGCGUCGACUGCGAAAUCGUCCCUCACAACAUAUCUUCAACCAAACUAGCAGAAGAAAGCUGUGAGCCGCCGGUUGAAAAGCGCGUGCCAACUACACACACAGGGCAGGUAAUGGUAUCAGCACAACUGUUUGGAGUCAUUAAGUUUGAAGCAUCCUGUAACUUGCGCUCAAUCUCGAAGUCGCUUGACCCCCAGCAAACCUGGCGAUAUGGAACAGCCAUGACAGAGAGAAUCACAGCGUCAAGAACACAUGUAGCUUAAAGGGUAGCACAGUGUAUCUCUUGUGAUUUUGAGACCGCGGAAAAAGACAAUUCUAACAAAAUUGGUCACCUAGGUUGGUAGUGAAGGCGCGGUACAUUGACUGCUAUCAAUGAUGUGAUUUCCGAACGAAUUCUUGCUAUCCACAACAACCAGUCAAUACCAUAGAACAAAGUUCUUAGG